GUACGCGAAUCAGUCUGCGCAGUACCGCAUAAAGUUGGAUACGCCCACUUACUAGAGCGAAAACGAUAGACCGAGCACUGAAAUUUUCAUAAGAUUACAUCUGUCCGCGAUUAAGAAGACGGUGUAACACCGGCGGAGUAGCAAUGGUAACGCGGACACAGUAAUCGAUACGUUUAGGUGCCGGGAGUUCUUUCAUCAUGUCGGACUCCUCAGAAAGCUCUUUAACGUUACCCGGGUUCAGGCGUCUGAGUUAUGCGGUGGGACACUUUCUCAACGAUUUGUGUGCCUCUAUGUGGUUCACAUACCUGCUCGUGUAUUAUCACUCGGUGCUGGGCUUUCAAAACGCGUAUGCCGGUGUGUUGCUCUUAGUUGGGCAGAUCGCAGACGGAGUGUGCACGCCGCUUAUUGGUUACGAGUCUGAUAGGACACCGGGCUGCGGGUCUUAUGGGAAAAGAAAGACAUGGCAUCUAGUGGGAACCCUCAGUGUCAUACUGUCAUUUCCCUUUAUAUUUAACCAGUGUCUGGGCUGUGAUGUCAACACUCCACAGUGGGUCAGUCUCACUUACUUCAUCCCAUUUAUUGUAAUAUUCCAGUUUGGCUGGGCUGCCACCCAGAUUUCCCAUUUGUCCCUUAUUCCUGAGCUGGUGUCCUGCGAGCAUGAAAAAGUGGAGCUCACCGCUUUCAGGUAUGCAUUCACAGUGAUAGCCAACAUCACAGUGUAUGCAGUGGCCUGGCUGAUGUUUCAUUUUCAGAAAGGCGAAGUGGAUGAUCCUACCAUUACAGACAGCCUUGGGCCUAUUGACAUUCCUUUGUUUAGAAAACUAGGGCUUAUCGUAGUGUGCAUCGGAGCUCUGUUCUCGCUGCUGUUUCACUUGGGCACAAAGGAGAAGAGAUCACGUCCCCGUCAGGAGGAGGCUGGGUCCAGUCCUGGGGAGCGCCAAUCCCUUUUAAACAAUGCCACCGUGUCCUCCUCACCCUCCAAUUUAUUGCAGUGGCAACACUGGCUGAAACAGCCGUCUUUUUACCAGGUGGCUAUGCUUUACAUGUCCACCAGACUGAUCGUGAACUUGUCGCAAACAUACAUUUCCAUGUAUCUCACCAACACACUACUCCUUCCAAAGAAAUACAUAGCCACUAUUCCUCUGGUCAUGUAUGUGAGCGGCUUUGCUUCCUCAUUUGUCAUGAAACCUGUCAGUAAGCUAAUAGGAAAAUCUAUGACCUAUUUUUUGGGAUUGCUACUGAUUCUGGCAUUCUCUUAUUGGGUGCUGCUGGAUACUGACAUGGGUGAUAUGGUGUACGGGGCAGCAGUUUUGCUAGGGGUGGGAUCUGCAACCAUACUAGUGAUGUCACUCGCCAUGACGGCUGAACUUAUUGGAGAUCAGACACAAAGUGGGGCAUUUGUUUACGGAGCUAUGAGUUUCACAGACAAAGUUGCGAAUGGUGUCGGAGUUAUGAUCAUCCAGAUGCUCCACCCUUGCCACACUACAGUUUGUUGUCCAGCUUGUGUAUGGUAUUACCACUACGUCAUGGUUAUCGUCACCGGUGGAAUGGCUGUUUUAGCAGCUCUCAGCCUCUGCACCAUCCUUAUCUGGCCUAUAAAGAUUGUUCAUUUAUCUAAUCAAGGUCACAUGAACGGUUCAGUAAACAGCAGUGACAUUAAGGAUCUGCCCGAGGUGACUGGCAUUCUUGGAAGUGAUAGAGACUCGGAGAGCUCUGAACAGCCUUCAGUCAACUAAACAACUUAAAGCCAAAAGUCACAGGGAUCUGUUGGUUGACACUUAUGUCACAAUGCCUAAGGUUAGAAUUUAAGUUUUACUUUUUACUCAGGCCAGUAUUCGCUUGUGACGUCUGUAAAACUAACUUUUACACACAUGGGAGAAUCUUUGAAAUUGUUCUGAGUUUAAAUUUUAUUUAAAUCGAUCAAUUAUAAUUAUAAUCUAGCAGUCUGCACAAAUCAGACACUUUAUGAAGGAACUAACUUUAUUCUGCACUGUUAAACUUGUUUGUGUGUAUUUCUUCAAAAAUCUGUUAUUUACAAGAUAUACACAUUUCUCACAAAUAUUUAAAUCAAACACCAAUAAGGGAAAUGCCGUCUGCUAAACUAUUUAAGCUAUUACUGAUUCGUAGGCCGGCAGAACGCACAAGUGAUGAUGGAUGUUUUGCUUUAUGUUAUAAUACAAAAUGAAACCAGCUCUGUUCUGUUUUGGAAAAAAAAGGAAGAAUUUAUGUUUGUUAUAAGGGACACAAAGUCAUUUUUAGACAUUUUGCUCUGAGAUUCUUUCUGUUAAAGGGACCAGAGAAAUAUUUGUGCAAUUUCCAUGUAACCACCAAGGGUGGUUUUGGUUUAUUCUUUUAUUUUAUAUAAAUGCAUUAUUUUGUUUAUUUUAUUGUCUGACAUGUUUUCUGUUCAUUUACUGAACAGAAUAAAUGUUGUUUAUAAACUGACUUUUUUGUAGCAUUGUCAUCGUUAGCAUUCAACUUAUGACAGGAAUGCAGUGUCAUUGUGGUCACCUGAUCUUGCGUGAUGCACGUGACAGUCAGGUUGAGAAGUUGUAUAAGUUGUCACUCAUGUAAACGAAAUGCAAUCAAAGUUCAAAUAGUUGAUAGAAUCAGGAUGUUUUUAAAGAACAAUAAUUGUGUUUUAAAUAAAACCAUUUUCUAAAUAA